CAUGGGUAGAUAACAAAUAUGAAGGUGGGGAAAGAAGAUUUGCGCUUGUCCCAACGAAUGGUUAUACAUACGAUACUCUUAUGAGGCAGAUUGAAUGUAUUGUUCGUGCAGACAGGAAUACAUAUGAUUAUGUAUUGAACUCUUUGGUUGAGUCUUCUGAAGGGGAACUCAUAAUGAACAUAUCCAAUGAUGAUGAUGUGAAGUUUAUAAUGGAUGCAAAUGAAGUUCCUAAAUUCUCUAUCAUUAUUACUCCUAAAUUGGCCUAGUCUACAUCUUGUGUUAUGGAACAACCUGUGUCGAAUCUUGGUUUCGUGCAUUUAUUAAAUGCUCAAAAUGUUGCAUCACAAUUGCAUGCAAAUGUGAUGCCUCACGUUGCUCACAACGUCAAUGUGGCACAAGGUCAUAUUCUAAGUGACACUGUGAAUAUAGAGUCAGAGAAUGAAAGGAGUAAUGAAUGGAUUUAUGACAAUGAUGAUGUUGCUGAAGAUGAUGAUGGGGACGACGUGGAUACUGAUUAUGAUGUUGGGGACGAUGUGGAUAUUGAUUAUGAUGAUGGAGAUGAUGUGGAUAGUCUUGAUGAAGACAAUGAUGAUGUUGUUGAAGACGUUGUUCAUGCUAUGUCCAAUAGACAUACUGUGCAACCAUUAGGGAGUUCAUCAGUGAGUGACAUUGUGGAAGGAGACGACCUUCAAUAUCACUCUACUCGAGGGCGACAAUGGGUUAUUCCAGGUGCCGUUUAUCAAGACACAUUCUCUUGUGAUAAUGUAGGUGUGACUGACCUAUACAGACGGGAGGCACUGAGUCCAGGUUGUACAUAUGCUGAUAAAGAGAAGUUGCAGAUUGCCUUGGGUUUAUAUCAUUUGAAUAAUCGUGUUGAUUAUGUUGUGGAACGUUCAAAUAAGAAACGAUUUGCAGCUGUCUGCAGGGACAAAGAAAAAUGUACAUUCCUUAUGCGUGCUACAUCAGUUGGGACAGGUUCUGUUUGGAGAGUUUCAAAAUGGAACGCUCCACACACUUGUGAGAUGGACUUGAGAAAGCAUGGGCGAAGGACUGUUGGUGCAAAAGUGAUAGGUGCAUUUUUUGCACCUACUUUGUUGAAUGAAGGGGCAAUUUUGAGGCCAAAGGAGAUGUUAGCGCAACUUCAGAGGCAAUUUGGAAUUCAAGUUGAUUAUAAAACAGCAUUGAUGGGAAGAAAUUAUGCUGUUAGUAUGAUCUAUGGAGACACAGACAGGUCAUUUCAACAGUUACCAUCAUAUUUGUUCAUGGUUCAGCAAGCCAAUCCAGGUACGGUUGUUGAAUUGCAGACUGAUAGUUCUAAUUGCUUUCAGUAUGUUUUUAUGGCUCUUUCUGCUUCAAUUAGUGGUUUUCUAGCAUCGGGUCGUCUUGUUAUUGUUGUUGAUGGUACACAUUUGAAAGGGAAAUACAAGGGCAUUAUGUUUGUGGCUGCUACCAAAGAUGGUAAUGAGCAAAUAUUUCCUUUAGUUGUUGGUAUUGGUGAUAAAGAAAAUGACAAUUCUUGGACAUGGUUUUUUAGACAAUUGAGAAAAACCUUUGGAUGUCCAGAUCAUUUGUUAUUUGUCUCAGAUCAACAUCGUAGCAUUAAGAAUGCUGUUGAGGUCGUUUAUCCUGGUAUUCCUCACGGACUUUGCACGUACCAUUUGCAAAAAAAAUUGUCAAGAUAUGGUGUGCAUGUUGUUUCAAUGUUUCAAAAAUGUGCAAGAUGUUACAGGAGCCCGGAAUUUGAUAUUCAUUUCUCCAAUUUGUCUUUGACUUGUGAUGGUGCAUAUAGAAGAUUAGUGGAAGUUGAACCACGUAGAUGGGCACAGAGUCAAUGUCCAGUUAGACGUUAUGAGUUCCUAACUUCUAAUUGUGCCGAAUCUUUCAAUAGUCGACUGAGAUGGGCUAGGAGAUUGCCUAUAUGUACUUUGAUGGAAUUUGUGAGGUCAUUGAUUGGUCAUUGGGUUGUAGAGCGGCGUGAGAAAGCAUUGUCAAGGACUCAUGAAUUGACAGAUUAUGCAACUAAGAAAUUGGAAAGAUCACUAGAGGAGGGUCGAACGAUGGCAGUGGAAGCAAUUAAUUCAAUGAAAUUCAAGGUUAGUGAAGGCACAAAACACUAUAUUGUGGAUCUUAAUGAAAGAAGUUGCUCAUGUAGAGAGUUUGACAUGGACUUGAUUCCUUGCUCUCAUGCAGCUGCAGCAAUAAGUAAGUUGAAGCUUUCAUGCAUAGCUUUUGUGUCAACAUAUUACACGACACAAACACUGCGUGAGAUGUAUGCAGCUGAAGUAAUUCCAGUUCUUCACUCUGAUGAAUGGUGUGUACCCUUUGAAGUACAAUCAAGAGUUGUAGGUGUGCCAAUUAAUCCUACACAAUCUGGAAGGCCAAGAACAUCUAGAAUUGAUUCUUGAUCACAAUCAAGAACAUCUAGAAUUGAUUCUUCAUCAGAAAAACGCAAAUCUGUGUGUUCAAGAUGUAACAAGAGCGGGCACUAUCGGGUUAGGUGCACUGAAAUUUUACCAAUCCCUGAAGAACCGUCUAUUGUUGAAGAUGAUAGUGCAACGGUUGGUUCUCGUCACCGUAAAAGAUGCAGUAAUUGCCAUGAAGAAGGCCAUACUCGACUGCGGUGCCCAAAAUUGACAAAUGAACAAGUUUGAGACAUGAACAAGUUGGAUGGUUCUAAUUUUUUUGAUGACAUUAUUUAUUUGGUUUAUUUGGAGAUGGAUCAUGUACUUGUUUAUCAUGAAAUGCUAUGGUACUUGAGGUUUCA